AAGCUUCAACUGAAGAAGCUAUCCUCCUUGGGUAUCCAAGCUGCAGUGAGACCGCUCAGAGAUGCAUCUGUCUUUGACUCAGCAAUGGUCCUCCUGCACAGUGCUCUUGCUGCUAGUGUCCAACCUGCUUCUGUGGGAGAGCACAGCUUCUGCUAUGAAAGCUAAAACGUUGAAUGUCUACGACUACACAACCUUUGGGGACACAUGGAAUCAGGCAAUCAAGGUAUCCCAGAGCAUGAAUCACGAAAUUUCACAACUGUCCACUCACUUUAAAGUAUUUUAUGCCCAAGGCCGAGGAUUUGAACAGAGGACCACCAGAUGCCACACUUCUUCCCUCUCUUGUCCAGAAAAUAAGGAGCAAGCCCGAAAGAUCCAACUGGAAGUACUGCUGGGGUUGGCACACAGCCUAUUGCAAGCCUGGGUCGAUCCUCUGUACCAUCUGUGGGUUGAAAUGUGUGACAGGCUGGGAUCCACUCCUCCUACUCUCUACAAAGCCUUGAAGGUUAAGACCUUAAACAGAAAUCUUCUGGAGGCCAUAAAGAAGAUUGCCCUCAAGGGUAAUUUUGAAAUCAACGAAAAUGCAAACUAUACUGCCUGGUCGGAAUUGGGAUUCUUGCAGUCACCCAAUAGAAACACUAGAUACUUUGCUUUUCAUAACCUGUUUCACUGCCUGAAAAGAGACUCACAUUACGUGGAAAUGUAUCUGAAGCUUCUGAAGUGCCAACUGAUCCAAAGCAACUGCUAAGAACGCAUAAAAUCCUUCUGCCCCAGUGAUGGCUCUUGACAAUGUACUUGUGUACAGUACCUAAGUAUAAUGACUCUCUGUUCUUUAGAAGUAAAAAAUUAAAAAAAAAAUCUGAA